CCUUUCAAUUGCAUCAUCAAAUACUAAUCUUUUUAGUCAAACCUCUUUCUUAAUCCGAGAACCCUAUUGUUUCAUGCUUUUUUCCUCCUCAAGAUCACCAAAGAUUCAAAAGGGGUUUUCUCAAAAUUUGAAGUUAUAAUAAACCACAUAUAUAUAUAUAUAUAUUUUUUAUAAAUAUUUUUUAGGCUUCAUCUAUGAUGGUGAAGAAACCCUAGUUUGAGAGUUAUGAGUUUGAUCAUGAGAUGGAAAAUUUUAAAUUGAUUAUAAGAGGAUGAUGGAAGGCUUGAAUUAUCAUAAUUCAAGAUUGGUUUACUUUUGUGUUAUAAUCUGUUUCUUCAUAGCCAUCCAAUCAACCUGUUCACAACAAGAUUUUCUAAGCAUCCGAUGUUGUUCUGAUUCAAAAUUCACGGAUCCAAAAAACAACAUAACAUGGAUUUCAGAUAACAAAUGGUUCUCAGACAAUCAACAAUGUCAAGACAUAGUAACACCAUUACAAAACAUUACUACAUACGAUCAUGCUAGAUUUUUUGGCAUAAACUAUGGUACUAAAUGGUGUUACAACUUGCCAACAAAAAAGGGUCGAGGUUAUCUAAUCAGGGGUACAUUCGUAACUUCACCCACAAACACGUUCUUCGAUGUCUUAAUUGGUACAACACCAAUAGGGCGAGUUGGGUCAUCAGAUGAAGCUGAAGUUGAAGUGAUUGUAAGAGCUAAUAAUAAUUAUAUCGACUUUUGUUUAUUAAAAAAACAGGGAAAUCCUUAUAUCUCCAAGAUUGAAUUGAGACCGUUGGAUUUGGAUUAUGAAGAGCCUUCGAAUGUUCUCAAAGUUUUACAUAGAGUUGAUGUCGGGAACACACGUGGAGAAAUCAGGUACCCACAAGACCCGUAUGAUCGAAUAUGGAAGCCGGAUUCAGAUUCGAACCAAAACGGAAAUUCCACGUCACUAAACGGGGACAAAAUUGUCCAAAACAGGACAAAAACAUCACCUCCUAUCGAAGUUCUAAAAACGGGUCGAACCCAUUUAGAGCGUUUAGAAUUUAUGCAUAAUCUUCAUUCAAGCUACGAAAAGUAUAUUCUUCACCUCUAUUUUCUUGAACUUGAUGGAAAUGUGAAAAUAGGGCAACGAGUAUUUGAUGUAUAUAUCAAUGGUGAAAAGAGGCAACAAAUUGAUGUGAUUUCUAGUGGAUCAAACUAUAAGGAUACAUUUAUGUACUUCACAGCAAAUGGGUUUCUUAAUUUGACCUUAAAAAAAGCUUCUAAUGGAUCUCAGUGGGGCCCGAUUUGUAAUGCUUAUGAAGUUUUUCAAGUUCGCCCGGUGCUUCAAGCGACUGAUCAAAAAGAUGUUGAUGUGAUGCUAAAAAUAAAAAAAGAGUUGUUAGUAGAGAAUGAAGAUAAUGAGGUGUUAGAAAGUUGGACGGGUGACCCGUGUCUCCCGCAUAGUUGGAAUGGUGUGAAGUGCAUCCAAUCGAAUGGAACAACCGUCGUAACGAAGCUGAAUUUAUCUAAUGGAAAAUUUCGAGGACCACUAGCACAGGGAAUCACUAUGCUGACUCAUCUUACAGAAUUGAAUGUAAGUAGCAAUCACUUCACCAAUAGUAUUCCCACAUUCCCAUUGUCAUCCAUUCUUGCCUCAAUGGACCUACGAAACAAUGAAUUCAUUGGAAGGAUUCCAGAGUCAUUUGCCUCCCUUCCAAACUUGACACAGUUAUAUUAUGGAUGCAAUAAAGAUUUUACCAAAGACCUUCCAACAAGUGAUAAUUCAUCCAAACUUGAUACAGACAACGGGACGUGCACAGGAAAAGAAUCGUCACAUCCACCACACACGGUCUUUAUAGUCGCAAUUUCAGGUGGGGCCCUUUUAGUUACGGGAGUAUUUGCUUGCCUAAUUUGCUUUUACAAGAAAAGGAAAAAGGCCAACAAAAAAUCAAAUGGGAAAACACAUGCAAUGACCAAAAAUGCAAUUUACGCAAUGCCAAGUAGCAAUGAAGAUAGUAGUUUGAAGACAAUAUCCAUAGAGUGUUAUACUCUUGAACAAAUAGAAAGUGCAAUACAACAUUAUAAAACAUUAAUAGGUGAAGGAGGAUUUGGAUCGGUUUAUCGUGGGACCCUACAAGAUGGUAAAGAAGUAGCUGUAAAAGUCCGGUCAGCAACUUCAACACAAGGAACCCGUGAAUUUGAUAAUGAGCUAACACUUCUAUCGGCCAUUCGACAUGAAAAUUUGGUCCCUCUUCUUGGCUAUUGUUGUGAAAAUGAUCAACAAAUUCUUGUUUACCCAUUUAUGUCAAAUGGGUCCCUACAAGAUCGGCUUUAUGGUGAUGCAUCUAAAAGAAGAGCUCUAGACUGGCCAACAAGACUUUCAAUAGCUUUAGGAUCUGCUCGAGGUUUGACAUAUCUUCAUACAUUUUCGGGGCGUUGUGUCAUACAUAGGGAUGUGAAAUCAAGUAACAUUCUUUUGGAUGAUAGUAUGUGCCCUAAAGUUGCCGAUUUUGGAUUUUCCAAAUAUGCCCCUCAAGAAGGUGAUAGUGGUGCUUCCCUUGAAGUAAGGGGGACAGCUGGAUACUUGGAUCCAGAGUAUUAUUCAACGCAACAUUUGUCUGCAAAGAGUGAUGUUUUUAGCUAUGGAGUUGUGUUGCUUGAAAUGAUAACUGGUCGUGAACCACUUAAUAUCCACAGGCCAAGAAAUGAGUGGAGCUUGGUUGAAUGGGCAAAACCGUAUAUAAGGAAUUCAAGAAUUGAGGAAAUAGUGGAUCCAAGCAUAAAAGGAGGAUAUCAUACGGAAGCCAUGUGGCGAGUUGUGGAAGUAGCACUAGCAUGUAUCGAGCCUUUCUCAGCUUAUAGACCUUCCAUGAUUGACAUUGUUCGUGAGCUUGAAGAUGCUUUGAUAAUCGAAAACAAUGCAUCUGAAUAUAUGAGAUCAUUAGAUAGCUUUGGAGGGUCCAAUCGGUUCUCUAUCGAGAGACCAAUUACUAUUUUGCCCUUACCCACUCCAACUCCAUCAGAACUAUCAUCUCUCCAAUCACAACCUAUCCCUCCACAACCAAGAUAAAUAAUAUUAAGUAAAUAUGUGUGAGUCUUAGCAGUUGCAGUGUGGGAGUUUCAGUUCUAAUGUGGAUUGGGCUCGUUGUGGGCACAGGCCACUGUGUACCUGAUUUACUUACAUCUGACGUGAUGGUCUAAAGACACGGUGGUGUAGGCCAGCGUAGGGCUAAGCUUGGUGGAAGAAUAAUGUUAAGUAAAUAUAUGUAAUUUCUUGAUUUUGUUUCUACAACUACUUAAUAUCAGUUGAUUCCAAUCUUGUAGAUUUUAUCGAAGAAAAAGUCGGAGUUUAGCAUAGUGGUAUAAGUUCAUGAAUGUGUAAUCCAUAAAUUUAAGCUAUUAUACAAGUAGCAAGGUAUAUGGAGAGGGUAUUUUUUGAAUA